AUGGAGGCAUUGAUCCAGCGAAUUCCUGGUGUCCCGGCACCCAUCUACAAAAGCUCAGAGAAUUGCUACGCCGACUCGCCAUUCGUGGAUGAGAUUGCCUUAGUUGAAAUGCCGGUCAAGUUCAACUUUCCGAGCAUGCAAAUGUUUGAUGGAACAACGGAUCCGACCGACCACAUAGCUCAAUAUAAGCAAAGGAUGUUCAUUGCCGCAAUUCCUCGUGAAUUGAGGCAAGCCUACAUAUGUAAGGGGUUCGGUUCUAGUCUGAUAGGACCGGCCCUCCAGUGGUACACUAACCUUCCAAAUUAUUCUAUUUCAAGUUUUGCUCAACUAACCGAUAUAUUUGUGCAGCAAUAUGCUAGUAGCAAGAAACUUGAAAAAAUAUCGGAGGAUCUUUACGCCAUGAUCCAACGACGUGACGAGUCUCUUCGAGACUACAUAGGUCGAUUCAACAAGGAGAAGGUGUCCAUCACAAAUUGCAGCACCCAGACAGCGAUCACCACCUUUCGAAAAAGCCUCCUGCCCGACUCGGACCUCUACAAAGACCUCACCAAAUACCCUUGUAAAACAAUGGAAGACGUCCUCGCCAAGGCGUGGGCACAAAUCAAGUGGGAGGAAGAUCAGUACAACCAUCACCGAUCUUCAUCGAGCAGACACACUAGAAGAGAUUCCAGGGUGGAGAGACGGACGAGUGACAGGCGGUCUGAGCCUUACCCACCCCCACGACAAGACUACAGAAGGAGACAGUUUGACCACCCUUACGAGUCACGACCACAUGAAAGGGUGAAUAUACCAGAAUACAAUUUGUCAAUCUCGCCAGCCGAGGCGGUCGAAGCUCUUAAGGGGCUUAGAAACAAGGUCAAAUGGCCGAAAAAGAUGAGGACGUCGGCUGAUCAGAGGGACAAGUCAAAAUGGUGUGAUUUCCACACUGAUCACGGACACCGAACAGAAGAUUGCAUCGCACUAAAAUUAGAAGUAUCGCACUUACUAAAGCAAGGUCACCUGACUGACCUCCUUACCGACAAGGGACGUCAGACCUUACAACAAGGCCAAGAUCGUCAGCAAAGCAACGCGGAUGUCACCCCGCCUAGACCAUCACAACCGGAUCGAACGAUAAACGUGAUAACCGGUGGAUCAGAAGUUAGUGGAAUCACUCACUUGGCAGCCAGGAGACACACCAGAUAG